AUGGUCGUCGGCGGCUGGGAAAACGCGGUGCGUAGAGCCGCAGAUCGCGGACUGCAGACGCUCAAGGUCAAUUGGCAUCUCGGCUUCACUGCGUUCGGUGGACCGCCCGUCCACUUCAAAAUCUUUCAUGACAAGUUUGUCACUAAAUUGCAAUGGAUCGAUGAGCAAAUCUUCCAAGAGCUGUUCAGCGUCUCUCAGGCCCUUUCUGGUCCAGCAAGCACCAAGAUGCUGUACUGCAUCAACUUGAUCCACGGAGGAGUAUUCGAAGCUAUCCUUGCAUUUCUUAUUUGGAGCUUACCCGGUUGCUUUGGCAUGUUUGGCCUCUCGAUCGGCGUCUCCAACAUCGGUGACACCCUACCUCGCGCUGUAUACGCUCUUCUAUCAGGCCUCAACGCUGCAACAGUCGGAAUCAUCGCUCUAGCAGCAGUUGAGCUCUCGGACAAAGCAAUCACGGAUCAGCCUACGAGACUGGUCUUGUCCAUCACUGCGGCUGCUGGAAUGUUGUACAACGCUCUCUGGUACUUCCCUGUCCUCAUUGUUGCGGGCGGAUGUUGCAUUGUCAUCUUCGACUACCGCUGGGUGCAUCGUCCGGUACGAGCUGUGAAGAACACUCUUGUUCGGAUGAGGAGAGGGGGAUCAACUGGCGAUGAAAACAUCCGGGGCGCUGAGAACGGAACGGACAACGCCAAUAGUUCGACAAUCGCCCUUCGCGAACAGGAACCCACCGAGUCGAGGGAUGACGAACCAAGGGUCGUGCCCCAGGGAUAUCGCCUCAACUUCUCGUGGAGAUCCGGUACAGCGAUAAUCGGAGUGUUCCUGGCGAGCUUCAUUGUCGUCAUCGCCCUGCGAGCCACACUGAAGGAUGCACCACUCCUCUAUAAACUCUUCGCAAACUUGUAUCUCGCCGGCACCAUCAUCUUUGGAGGCGGGCCUGUGGUCAUUCCCCUACUUCGUGAAUACGUCGUCGCUGAGGGUUGGGUUACACCGCGUGACUUUCUCAUCGGUCUAGCGAUAGCCCAAUCCUUCCCAGGACCAAACUUCAACUUUGCCGUGUUCCUUGGUGGUCUUACUGCUGCGAAUAACGGAUAUCCUGCCAUUGCAGGAGCGCUGAUUGCUUACCUCGGUAUCUUUGUCCCGGGCAUGGUUCUCGUUCACGGAACGAUGGGCGUUUGGGGAGUUCUGAGAAGUCGCCGCUGGGUCAAGUCGGCCGUACGGGGUAUCAAUGCUGGUGCAGUCGGGCUGAUCUACACGGCUGUCUAUAGAAUCUGGCAGGUUGGAUACAUAGAUCAAGGCUUCCAAUCUGGCAAGAGUCUCGCUGACGAUCCUUGGUGGGUUGUUGUCACUGCAACGGCUUUUGUGGGAGGACGGUAUUUUGGUGUCGCACCACCGUUGGCGAUUCUGCUUGGUGCUUCGUUGGGGUUGCUGAGGUACGGCAUUGUUACGGCAUGA